UAUUCGACUCUACUGGAAGUUUCCCCCCCACAGCCCAGUUUGACCUGGAGGACAAACCAGUGCGAGGCUCGGGGACCUGCAGGAUCUCACCAUGGGGGACGUGGUCUCCUCUCACCUGGAUGAGGGCAGGAGGGAGAUGAUUACAGCUCAGACCAGAGACGUGAUGAAGGAGUUCAGCGACGUGUACGAGCAGCAGCACGCCGUCGCCCUGUUCCACAGCGUCCGCUACGAGAUCGAAGGAGGAGGGGGGGCGCAGUCGCAGCUGCUGCACCGACAGGACCCCCUGGCGGGCCGAACCAUUUUCUCAGGGAGUCUGUUCCAGUACCUGGAGGAGAACAGGAAGUGGAGGAAUCGCUUCGUGUCGGUGCCGAACACCUACAGCUUCGACCUCUACGAGAGUAAAACUGCACACGACCGGGAGCUGCACCCGAAAGUCACCAUCAACUGUGCCGGGUACAAGGCCCUGACCUCCAUGGAGGAGUACCUGCAGCUGAUGAACACCAGCCUGCCAGGAAUCAAGGCCCGGGUCGGAAGUCAUCCGUUCAUCAAGGUCGCGACCCCGUUCCCGCUCAUCCUGUGGCACCCGUACGCCCGACACCACUACUUCUGUGUGAUGACGGAGAAGGAGCAGAAGAAGUGGCACGCCGUGCUGCAGGACUGUGUGCGGCACUGCAACAACGGUCUGUCAGAGGACAGCACCGUGGAGACGCCCGCCUUCACCGACGCUGUGAGACGCCACCGACAGAACAAGGGACACUACGGGACCUGGGACAUGAUGUGUGGAGCCCCCCCGCAGAUUCUGGCUAAUCUGGUGAUGGAGACUCUUCACCCGAAGUUAAGAAACGUGAUUGGUCCUCGCCUGAAGGGGAAAAUGCAGCAGAGGCAGAGGCACUGGAUGUUGGUCUCGGACGCUGUGUACAAGCAGGUGUUAUCUCAGACCAAGAACCAGUACGGCGCUCUGGUGGACCACUGCGAGGCCCAGAGGGUUCAGCUGGACGCUCGGCUGCGGACGGACAUGGACCAGAUCAUCACGUCCAAAGAACACGUCAGCAGCAAGAUACGAGCUCUGGUGUUUCCCAAGACGGAGCCGCUCCUGCGGACCAGCGUCCAGCCGUACAUCAGCUCCAUCCUGGAGGCCCUGAUGGAGCCCACCAGCCGGGGCUUCUCGGAGGUCAGGGAGGUUUUCUUCAGGGAGCUGGUGGAGAUCAGCAAGAACUCGCUCAACGGAGGUAGCAAGGACAAAAUGGGAGACCACUUGGAGAGACUGUCCAUGCUGGCCUUCCACCCCGUGAAGAUGCAGAGCUGCUACGAGCAGGUGGAGCAGCUGAACCUGGAGGGGCUGCAGCAGAGGUUCGAGGUCGGCAGCCCCUCCGUGUUCGUCAGCAGAGCUCAGAUUCUCAUGAGGGAGCAAAUGGACAACGCUGUUUACACAUUCGAGCAGCUGCUGCACCAGAGUUUGGAGGGAAAAGGAGAAGAUGACAUGUGCAAGACCAUCCAGCGAUGCCAGGACAGGGUUAUCAAGAAAUAUGAUUACGACAGCAGCACAGUGAGGAAGAAGUUCUUCAGAGAAGCUCUGCUGCAGAUCAUCAUCCCGUUCAUGCUCCAGCAGCUCUCACCCGCCUGCUCACCUGAGCUGCCUCGUUUCAAAGAGCUGAUCUUUGAGGACUUCUCCCGCUUCCUGCUGGUGGAGAACCUGUUCGAGGAGGUGGUGCUGCAUUCCGUCUCCAAGGACAUAAUGAUGGCUGUGAAGGAGGCGGCCGUCCAGAGGAGACACAACCUGUACCGGGACAGCAUCGUCCUGACAAACAGCGACCCCAACCUGCACCUGCUCGGAGAAAACCCCUCGGUGGACUGGGCCACCAAGUUCGGUGGCGAGGAGUCCGACGCCUCUGUCGUCGGGAUGAAUGAUGGAGGAGGUUCUGUGAGUAGACGCCGGCAGGUGGUGUCCAUGAUCCAGCUGGACGGGGUUCCUCUGCCCUACGAGUCCUGUCUGGAGGUCCCGGGGGAGGAGAUCAUCCCGGAGGAGGACGGCGAUGUGUUUGACAAAAACAUGGAGUACCAAGAGGAGGAUGAGGAGAACGAGGACCUUCCCAAAGAACCCAUGUCUCCUGACAGCGUGAAUGAAAUCAGGGACCUUAUUAAUCCGAUAGUGGAGAUGGUGGUGCCGGUGUCCGAGGAGGAGCCGAGCGACGUCCCCAAAGGGACGCAGCCGACCAGAGGCAUCCUCACCUCGGAGGACGGAGAGCAGGAGGAGGUGACACACGUAACCACCAUUGUGGAGGAUGUCCCCAGGAGAUCUGUACGAGACAAGACGUCCCCGCAUGCAAUCCUCAGGCAGCUGGCAGGAACCAAGAAGGAGAAGGCUGAUAAGGAGGCGCUGGAGGAGGUGGCCAUCAAGAACGCCACUGAGGAAAUUAAUUUGGCGGCACAGGAAGACGACAGUGGACUGAUUGCGGAGGUCUCUGCGGUAGAAUCAGAUUUGGAGUCGACACCAGUGCCGACAGAGUCCAGCUCGCGAGAAGACAGCGGCUUCCAGUCGCCGACCAUCAUGGAGGCGGAUGAAACCGAGCCUCAGCCAAUCACAAACGGCCUGAGUGGGGAGGACAAAACCAUCGACCUGGUAGACGUGGAAGUGAUUUUAGCGUAGGAAGAGGAUGUUCUGGACAUGAGUACGAAAUUGGAGCCAGGAGAGGAAAGAAUUCAGAUUUUAUUUAAAGGUUUAACUCUUAAUUGUUGUUUAUAGUUGCACACUUCAAAACCCGACUCCCCCUCCCGUCCCUUUCUGAAACAUCUGUCUGGUGACUGGUUCCUCUCUGCAGCGUUUUCUCUAAACGACAAUAAAACUCUAUAGAUCUGAUGUGUUCGAAUACGGCUCCUUUCAGAGACAACUUUCCCAAAGUGGUGUUCGCCAAUACUUUAUUGCGAUCGUCCACUUUUCAUCUAAGUUAUGAAAGUUUUCUUAUAACACUAAGGGGUUUGUUUGCAUCGGUAAUAAGAUCAGAUUGAUAUUAUUCUCAAUUUAUCUCAGAUUUCAUGAAUGUUAGCGUUUAAAAGUUCAGCUUUUACUACAGUGCAGGUGGAUGAGUUUUCCUCUAAUGAGCACAGCCUCUACCUGGGCAGCAGGGGGUGCUGUAGCCAUUUCUAUGCUUCUGGGUUGGUCUCUUUGAUCUCUUUA